AUGGCGCGCGCAUCAAAGAUGUCUGAAUCGCCGGCGCCAUUCGACGAUGACAAUGACAUCUACGGCGCAUCUCCACCGCCCCCAUCGAACCGAAAUCGCAGAAGUAAUAAUGCCCCCGACGACGACUCACCCACUCCCCCGACCUCAGUGUCCUCAGAUAAGGAAAAUCGCUCAUCUCGACCUGUAGUAGACAAAGGAAAAGGUCGCGCGCCGAUGGGCCCUCCACCGAGAGCUGCAUCGCCCAGUGAGAGGAAUAAGAGGAAGCGCGGGAAUGAGGAGCCUUUAUCAGACCGCAGUAAUAGCAGGAGACGGACCUUGGAGGCUGCUGAGGAGGACGAGAUUGAAUAUGAUCCGGAACAGCCUCUGGAGGUACGGCGCGAGCUGCGCGCAGGCAUGAGAGAGUCGACCAAGAACCUGCUGGAAAAUCGAUCCGAAUACCUCAAGCCCAACUCGACUGGUUUACGAGAUACUCUUCUACAAGCCAACUCUCUUUUCGCAAAGGUCAAGCAGACAUCCGAUGCCACUAUCGACUCGCGACUUUUGAAUACAGUGGCAGACUAUGUAGACAAGAAGGCUGUGGCUAUGAUAUCUGGGGAUUCCUCGCAGGGAAUAGACGUGGAUGAAUUCGUUUCAAGGAUCAAGCAGUACAUGAGAUUUGGGCAAGAUGCAGAAGAAGCACCUUCGAGCACACAAAGAGCGCGGAGAGACGAAGGCGAAGACGAUGGAGAAAUACUAAACUGGGCAUACCUGGGCCGCAACGCCUGUAUAAUGCACAACUGCCGGCCAUCCGUACCCGGAUUCCUCCUCGGUCCAUUAUCUCUAGAAAAACGAGCAAAACGAGUCAUUGCACGAAGAGCAGGAUUACGACAUAACAACGCCGAAGAAACGCGGCCGGAAAUCCUGAAAACAGGUGACGUGAAGCGAGAUGAGAACCAGAAUCUCAGCGCGUUGAGUCAGAUGAUCCUCAAGACUUUCAAGAAAUCACUCGAGAGUGCGGCUGCUGCGGUAGAUGCUGAAGCUAGUGAGGAUAUGACCGAGGAAGAGGUACAGGCACUACUUGACAAGCACAGUGUCUCGAAUCAGCAAGGCUCGGAGGGACUCGCGUACUUCAAGUUCGUGAUUAACCCUUACUCAUUCGGGCAGUCAGUCGAGAAUAUGUUCUACGUCAGUUUUCUAGUCCGAGAUGGAGCUGUGGGAAUCUCGACUGAUGAUAGAGGAUUGCCGUAUCUCAUCCUCAUCGAUGAAAACGAGAAAGCCGAAGCCGAAAAAGGCGAACACCCAAAACACCAAGCUGUCCUAGCAUUAGACAUGCAGAUGUGGCAAGACCUAAUCGACGCCUUUGAGAUCGAGAAGCCCAUGAUCAAGCACAGGCAAGAACCAGAUAACAGCAAUGUCGGCGCGAAAGGAUGGUAUGCCUGA